UAGAUUAUUAAUGUUCUAAGAUUGAUAUCAGCAUCUUUUAAUAUCAGUUUUGAACAAUUUUUCGCAUUCACUGAAAAAUGGUGAGAGCUUGGUAUAUGGACAAUAAUAUUUCAGAUCAGCGUGAGGAAAAUCAUAGAAUUCCUCAGAAAUUUAUUUCACUCAAAGAGCUUUAUAAUAUUUCAGGAGUGGAGUAUUACAAGGUAAAUAUUGAUUCUUACUCUUCAGAUGAACUACUUGAAGAUUUGAAAAAGGAAAGAGGUUACACCUACGAAGAUGAAAUUACCUGUUCUAAAGAUUGUUUGCAAAAUUAUGAAGAGAAAUUAAAAAGUUUUUUUCGAGAACACUUGCACACUGAUGAAGAAAUACGUUUAGUUAUUGAUGGUUCAGGUUAUUUUGAUGUUAGGGAUAGAAAUGAUGAAUGGGUUCGUAUCGAAGUAGUAGCAGGAGACUUGAUUAUAAUUCCUAGUGGAAUCUAUCAUCGGUUUACUUUGGAUACAAAGAAUUAUAUCCGUGCCAAGAGGCUAUUUAUUGGUGAACCUAAAUGGACUCCUUACAAUAGACCUGUUGAAGAUAUGGAUUGUCGUAAGGAAUAUAUUCGGAAAUUGGAAAAUGGUGAAUUUAACUUUGUUCAAUAAUCCCAUUGAGUGAAAUAUGUUUUCCACAGAAUGAUAAAUAUUUUUAUAUAUGUAGUUACAUUUUACAUUUGAUAUUUUAUAUGAGCAAUAUAUAAUUGUUAUCAAA